AUGGAGGAGUCAAUUACACAAGUAACCGAGAAGAAGGCUGUAGUUCGAGAAUGGUCUUUGAGAACCCAAAAAGCAAAAGGGGACAAUACUAGGGGCAUUUUCACUGAAAAGUACGGGGACAUAGCUCACUUGAUCACAAUCAAUGUGAACGAGCAGUUGAUCCAAGCCAUGGUUCGAUUCUGGGACCCAGCCUAUCAGUGUUUCACUUUCAAUCAGGAAGAUAUGACUCCGACCAUAGAAGAGUAUGCUGCCUUGCUUUGCAUUGACAAUGCGCAACUCAACAAGAUAUAUGUGAAGAAGCCUAAACCAAUGACCUUCAAGAAGAAGGCGUUAGUUCAGAAUCAUCCAGAUGUUUUGAAAAGAGUAGAUCUGUUUGCCUUGGCCGUUUAUGGACUGAUCGUCUUCCCGAAGGUUCUUGGGCAUAUUGAAGUUGCAGUUGUGGAUUUCUUUGAAAAGUUGAGGCAAGGAAUCAACCCUGUUCCAACUAUCUUGGCUGAGACUUUUAAAUCUCUAAAUGCUUCAUUCUUGAAAAAUGAUUGGCCGAAGGAUGUCACUGAACAGCAUUGGGUCUCGGUUUUUCAGAACCUCAGUGCCAAAGGUAUAACCUGGAGAGCACCUUGGAUUCGUCCUUCUGUUCUGUUAUACAAGUGUGGAAACCAAGAUUGGGUGCCAUUGCUAGGAUUAUGGGGAGGAGUGGGAUAUGCUCCAUUGAUGGUUCAAAGACAGUUCGCUUCGCAACAAUUUGUACCAGUUACCGAUGGAUUGGCACAAUUGGAAUUCGCUUUUUCGGGUGAAGGUUACAUGAAAAAGGUCAGAGAUACUGGAAAUUCUUUGAAGAAAAUCUAUCUAAUGGAGUUAGCCUUCUAUGCUGAUACUAUCACUCAAGAUUACAACAUAUGGAGACAACGACGAGUGAAUAGUCAACAAACCUCGCCGACGAAUUAUGUUUUCCAGAAUCCUUUCUCAGAAGAAAUGCCAUCCAAGUUGGAAGUGGCAAAACAUGAAUUUGAAUGUGAAAAAACCAAGCUUUUACGAGAUAUUAGUUCUCUUCAAGAGGAAAACUACCAACUGAAGAUUGAUGUUCAAAUUGAAAAAUCCAGAACUGAGAAUGUCCAAAAAGAAGCUGAGAUCACGAGAAGGGACUUAAGAGAUCUUCAUUUGGAAAAUAAGAAAUUAAGAGGCACCAUAAGGAAUAGUGGACUAGGCAAACUAUCAGCAGAAUGGAAGGAAGAAAUAAGCAACAUCAAAGGUGGGAUGGAGUUCUGGAAAGCAAAAGCAAAGGAGGAGGAAAAAGUUGCACGUACUAUGAUAGAGUUGAGGAAAAAAUAUUGA